AGAACAAAUAGUGGCAGCUGAGGAUUGGUAGCUAAAAGUUAUAUCUACGUCUACGUCUACGCCAGCGAUUUUAUUCGAUUCGAUUUACAAUUCCCAUAUUCCCAACUCAACUAGUUUUUCAACUCGACUGGCUCCGAUGAUAAUUAAUUUUAUUCUGCUGUCUCAGAUUAAGCCCAACCGAUCACUUGAACGAUCAUUGUAAAUAAAUUGUUCCCCCGCAACAAUUAAAAAAUAUUUCUAAAAAUUGAUAAAUGAAUUAUUUAAAUUACAAACAAAGUUGUAUUUAUUUAGAUUUUUGUUUUAAUAAGAAUAAUUAAAUCCACGUGCAGUUUGUGUGUGUGUUUUUUUUUUAUAAAAAAAGAAUCAAUGUCAAAAAGAAAUAGAAUUUCUGUGAAUUAAAUUUUAUAGGAAAGUUAAAAUAAUUUCUUAAAAGUUAACAACAAAAAUAGAAGAAGAAAAGAAAAAUCUGUGGUGAAAAUGGUUUCUUUAACAAAAUUAUCAUCUGCAACCGUGUUGAGUUUUACUGUGAUAAUAACCCUUAUCGGAUGCUUUGUGCUAUCAGCUAACGCCAUCAGAUGUCACCAGUGCAAUUCUCAUCUGGAUGAGGAUUGUAAUAGCUUGCGACUGACAGUUCCGCGUGGGGUGCGUGACGACCAGUACUUAGAUGAUUGCCAAGUACCCGAUGAUGCCACUAGAGUAUUUUGUCGAAAGACCGUCACUAAUAUCAUCGUGAAUUCAGAGAAACGUAUUGUUCGGAGCUGUGGUUGGCGUGCGGAGGAUUUGCGUGGACGUAAUGACACCUGCAUGACUGCCGAUAACGAAGGUUUCUUUGAGGAAAUUUGUGCUUGUUUUACGGAUGGUUGUAAUUCUGCACCAUCAUCAAUGGGGGUGCAAACGAAUGUCUUAAUGGCAUUUGGAUUGAGUAUUCUGAUGAUCAUUAGCUCAGCUGUCAGAAGUGGUUAGGAAAAAUGUUAUUUACAUUGAGUCCGUUUUAGUGCUCACUUCGAAGUUAUAUAUUGUAUAAUAAUAAAAUUGUUAAUAAUAAUUUAUGAUAAAGAAAAAAAGAUUUUAAUCAUCUUCCGUUCACCUCCAGUUUAUUUUUAAUAUGGUUUGCAACAAAAAAUUGUUUUAUUUAAUUAAAUAAAAUAUACAAAAAUUAAAACAACAAUAAAAUGCAUAUCUAACAAAAGUUGA